AUGCACUGUAUACAUGCGAAAUCUAUGAGCCAACAAGCUCAACAAAAGAAAGCAAAUAAUCUCGGAGCAGAAGGCCUUUCUUUUAAAAGCAUCUUUCUUUCUUCGUUUUUCUUUCUUUCUUUUACCAUUUUCUUAUUCCUUCUAUUUCCUUAUCGUAUAUUUCUUUUCCUCAUUAUUUCUUUCUUUUCCUACUCUUCCUACAAUAUAUUUUACUUCACCUCGUCUUUCUUUUUCUUCUUUCUUUCUUUCUUUCUUUCUUUCUUUCUUUCUUUCUUUCUUUCUUUUAACACAGUCUUCUUCCUUCUAUUUUUCUCAUCACAUUCUUCUUUCUUUUUCUUUCUUUCUUUCUUUCUUUCUUUCUUUCUUUCUUUCUUUCUUUCUUUCAUUCUCUCUUCCCAAUUUCCCUUCUUCGCAAAGAUAUUCCCUUUUCGUCUUCCUAUUUCUCUGACAACUCAGUCUUUCUUUCUUAUAGCUUCUUCCCGAACACCAAUCCAUUUCAAACCUCCGUCUUUCUCUCGGGUUUAUUUCCUUUUACAUUCUCUCUCUCUCUCUCUCUCUCUCUCUCUCUCUCUCUCUCUCUCUAUAUAUAUAUAUGUGUCUUCAAGAUGCGAUGCCGGGAUCUGCCGUAAGAACUUGAAACGGUCUGCCGAUUGCCGCCAAAAAUGUGAGUACUCACCUCGGGGUGCCGUCAUGUGCUCCCGGGUUGUUCAGUUCAUUCUUAAACCCCACACAACUACACAGCCUCACAAAGACAGCGAUCUAUCCAUCUAUCCAUCUAUCUCCUAUCGAUCUGAACAUGUUUUUAUCUAUGUCUUCUCAGUCAUUAUUUAUCUAUCUAUCUAUGUUCUCAAUCAUUAUCUAUCUCCCUUCUCAAUCAUUAUCUUCUCAAUCAUUAUCUAUCUAUCUAUCUAUCUAUCUAUCUAUCUAUCUAUCUAUCUAUCUAUCUAUCUAUCUUCUCCAUCAUUAUCUACCUAUCUACCUAUCUAUCUAUCUAUCUAUCUAUCUAUCUAUCUUCUCAAUCAUUAUCUUCUCAAUCUAUCUAUCUAUCUAUCUAUCUAUCUAUCUAUCUAUCUAUCUAUCUAUCUAUCUAUCUAUCUUCUCCAUCAUUAUCUAUCUAUCUACAUCAUUAUCUAUCUAUCUAUCUAUCUAUCUAUCUAUCUAUCUAUCUAUCUAUCUAUCUAUCUACUCAAUCAUUAUCUAUCUGUCUAUCUAUCUAUCUAUCUAUCUAUCUAUCUUCUCAAUCAUUAUCUAUCUACCUAUCUUCUCAAUCAUUAUGUAUCUAUCUUCUCCAUCAUUAUCUAUCUAUCUAUCUAUCUAUCUAUCUAUCUAUCUAUCUAUCUAUCUUCUCAAUCAUUAUCUUCUCAAUCUAUCUAUCUAUCUAUCUAUCUAUCUAUCUAUCUAUCUAUCUAUCUUCUCCAUCAUUAUCUAUCUAUCUACAUCAUUAUCUAUCUAUCUAUCUAUCUAUCUAUCUAUCUAUCUUCUCAAUCAUUAUCUAUACUAUCAAUAUGUGCAAAUAUAUUGAUAAAUAGGGAAUUAUUCUUUCUUUCCUCGAUUUCAUUCUGUCUAUUCGACUCUCUCUCUCUCUCUCAAUCUCUCACUCUCUCACUCUCUUUCUCUCUCUCUCUCUCUCUCUCUCAAUCUCUUUCUCUCUCCCUCUCUCUCUCUUUCUCUCUCUCUCUCUCACACUCUCAAUCUCAUGCUUUGCGGAAAAUAAGGAGAUUUUUUUUCGAUUAA